AUGGACAAUGAAUUAUUUCUUAUCAAUUGGGCUGGACCUAUUCCUGUCGGCAAAGAAGAUUCCACCAAAUCUCAUUCUGUGACUGUAAUGACAAAUAACAAAGAAAAAUAUCACUGCAUUCUUCCAGAAGAGAGCCGGAAUGAUAUAAAUAAGCAUGAAAAGGACUAUGUUCAGGAAUCAGCCAGUGAAAUUAUGCAGAGAAUGUUUAAUCAGAAGCUCUGCUCAUACAGAAUUGAGAGUUUCUGGACUUAUGAACUUUGCCAUGGUAAAUAUAUGCGACAAUAUCAUGAAAACAAAGACUUGGGUAAAAAAAGUCAAAUACAAGAGUAUUAUCUUGGCUACAGUAAAGGUUCUAAUUUAGAGAAAUCAGAUGCACCACCUGUAUCUACUUCAGCUGUUAAUAGUCCUCCUGUGCAUACAAGGAAAGUUGAGGGUUUGGAUCUUCCUUUUUAUCAAGUGAACCUGACCGAUGGCACACUAUGUGACUUGACAGGGGGUCCUCGACAAGCAGCUGUUCUUUAUGUUUGUCAACCAGAUGGUAGGGGAGAGAUUUUCGAAAUGAAGGAAGUUUCCACUUGUGAAUAUGAGAUAAUUGUCCUUACUUCUGUUCUCUGUGGACAUCCAGAUUUCAAACCAAAGAAUCCUCAUGUUGGCCAGAUAGAUUGUCAUUCAUUAGAUGGAGCUCCUGAUCGUCCUGUCAAUGUUGACCGAUUUACAGAAGAAAACAGAUUCAGCCUUCCAUUUGAAGAAGACAACAAUGUUUUUGAGAAAUCCAGUCUCUUUAAGAUUAAUUUACAUGACAAACGAAGACUGCAUAGAAAGUCUGAUAUGUACACUGACCAAUAUAAAGCCAAAAUAGCUGUUGUCCUUGGGAAUGGAGCAUUGGGUCAAGCAACUGAUGAACAGACAAUCCGUGGCUUUUUGAGUGGGACUGAUUGCUUGAAAGGAGGAGCCGGAUGGUGGAAACACGAGUUUUGUUAUGGAAAUUAUGCAAAGCAGUAUCAUGAUGAUGCUGAUGGUCGAACAGUUAUUUUUCUUGGUUAUUGGAAAUUGGAUAAACACUUAGAAUGGCUUCAAGCUAAUCCAUUAAAAAAACCAAAACCAGUUGGCAAAAGAAGAAGCAUUUCACUGUUCUACACAGAUGGGGACUUAUGUGAAGCCAAUGGUAAACGAAGAGUUGUGGAAGUCAAAUUAAAGUGUGUUGAAAACUUAAAUCGAUCUCAUUCAGUUGCCUUGUAUCUGAUGGAACCAAAGACUUGUGAAUAUGUUUUAGGGAUUGAGUCGACAAUGUUUUGCUCUAUGUUGGAUAAAGCUGAUGAACAUGGAGUCAUCCCAAGAUCAGAAGAAUAA